UCUGGAGCAAAGUACUUCCUGGAGAGGACUAUAUAAGAGAGGGAGAGAGAGAAAUAAAUACCAGUAUCGUCAUUCUCAAAGAGAAACACUCCCUCGACUUGGUGACAGAAUUAAAGAAAAGAAGGAACAGAAAGAAAAAAGAAAGAACAAGGACAAUUUGCUGCAAAGCAAAAGAAAGGAGGAGAGAAAGAAAAAGACAGGAGAGAAAGACAGAAGGAAAUAUAGACAGGAGAUAGACAGAAUGGCAGUGGGUUAUGUGAGCGUGGCUCUGGCUGUUUUGCUGCAGUUCUCUGCUUGGCUCCCGGUCUCUCUGCAGUGCUCUGUCUCAGAGAAUCAGACUGGUCAGGUGAUUCGGCUCCUCAAUAUUAUGGUCCAAUCAGAGAACAGCAGUGCUGCCAAUGGCUUCGCCCCCAAUCCCAGCAUCCUCCUAGCUCUGCGUCUGGCCAGCUAUCAUGACAAUGCCACAGAGAGAGGCAUGCUGGGUAGACUGCAGGCUGAUGCAGUGAACAGAGUCCAAAAAGGCCUCACCUUUUCCUCAGGCACCGUGGCUCUCUACUGUAUGGCUAUGCAGGCCUGCUGUGCGGACCCGUCUCUAACUCCAGCCCCAGGACUCAAAGGAGGGAAGAAAGUCCUGGACAUGAUAAAACUGCUGGAAAGAAAACUGAAGGGAGAAAUAGAGAAUAUUGAUUCCAAACACGUCCCCCUCACAAACUAUUAUCAGGUGGGUCUUGACAUACUGGCACUGUGCAUGAUGGGAAAACCAGUGACAUCACACAGUGUGCAGCGUCUGAUUGCAGCAUCAGAUAAUGGAGGAUUUUCACAAGGAAAGAGCUAUUCAGUGGACACAGCCUCGAUUGCAGUUCUAGCCCUGACCUGCAUGAGGCGCUCUGUCAAGCCCCAUGUUUCUGUGAUUCUGAGUCUCAAGAUCCAGAAUGCUCUAAAUCGUCUGAUCAAGAACAUUCUCCAGGAGACAAAGAGUGACGGAUUGAUCGGGAACAUCUACAGCACAGGACUGGCCAUGCAGGCCCUGUCAGUCGCCUCCACCUACAACUGUUCUUCAACGUUCCAGACUGUUCUAGAGCAUGUGGUUUCCGGAUCCUUCGAGAAUCCCAUGGCUGCCUCUCAGGUCACUCCCUCGCUGGAGAACAGAAACUACCUGGAGCUGAACAAGCUAGACUGCAAGGAGUUUAAGAAGAUCCCUGCUGUGUUGCCGCUGCCUCCAGCACCACCCACAGCCCAGCAGGGUGUACUGACCAUACACUACACAGUGGAGGACGGCAUUCACAACAUCUUCAAGGACCACAUUGAUGUGAAGGUCCCUGCGGGGUCCUCACUGCUGCGGGUCAUGGAGGAGGCGGCCAAGAUAUCGCCUGCAAAAUUCAGUUUCACUGUGGUGCAGAGCAGCUGGGGUCCAUUUGUCAGCAGUAUCCAAGGUUUAGCUGGGAAUACGAACGACCAAACAUACUGGCAGUUUCUUUCUGGGAGUACCGCUUUGGAUCAAGGAGUUGCUGACUAUAAACCGCAUGAUGGAGAAAUCAUUGUGGCAAAGUUCUCUAAAUAUUAAUUCCCAGAUUUUGAUCUCAUAUUUUCAUGUAUUGGUGGAGGUUGUGUUUAAUUAUCACUUAUUUUAACCCCAUUAUAAUUCUAUGAUUCAGUUUCCUAAUGCAAUAUCAGCAAUAAUCAGUAAUAUAGUUCUUUAUGAAAGCAACCCACAUUAAAAGCACAGCAAAGUGUAAUAAAGCACAGAGGUGUGGCAAAGCAUAGGCAAGCAUUGUAAAGUACAGAGAGCUAU